AUGGGAGAGGCAAAAACUGACUUUGAAAAGGAUAUAUCCAUUACACAAGUUUCCUAUCCAGUGCAAAAUGUAAGCAUUCAGAAAAGAAAUAAGGAGGAAAUGCCACUUGAAAACACUUCUCAUAUAUCUUGCAUAUAUAAUUUAUUGAUUACCAAUGGUGUUCUACUUACCUUAACUUUUUUUUUAAAGGAAGUGCCACGGAUUAAAUUGAAGGAAGCUGGAGAGUAUGGCAGCCUCAAAUUAGGCUCCACUAGUAGAACCCCUAUUUUCAUGAGUGAUGUAAGAACUAUGCUGGUGAAUGCUAUUACCAAAACUCAUAAAGUGGCAAGAUGGGCUUGUAUCACAAAUGGGCACAGGCUGUCACAAAUCAUCACUGUAAUUGUGGAAGGAAUAAGCAUAAUGGACCUUCAAAAGGCAACAAGUAGCAGUGUUAACAAUGAGGAAGAGAUAAGUUCUGAAAAUGACCCAGUUUGGUUAUGUGAAUCAUUGCCACGGGCUAGCAAGUGUAUGGAACAGAAGUUGGAAUUGCUAGCACCUUCAAAAUACUCUGAACCACCCUGUAGAGAGCUUUUAAAUGUUCCUCUCUCAGAUACUAAGAAAAAUAAACUAGUUAAAAGAUACAGAAAUUUGAAACAUGCUGAAAGAAGUGGCUUAGUGCAUAAAGCUGUUGCCAGUCUUUUUCCUCUUGCAAAUGUGAACAGUAAAGAGUUAAUUCAAAAGAAUGAAUGUGACAAUAUACCGUUUUAUUUUGAGGAUGGGAAGAAGUUCGAAAUUAAUGACAAUUUUGAUAGAAGAUGUUUGCUCUUAGGAGCUGAAGAUAUGUGUGACCAUGGUUUCCCAGCACCUGUACCAGGAUGCCUUGGCUAUAAGGAUCCAGAAUAUUCCUUCUCCCAUGAAGAGUAUAAGGAGAUGGAUACAUCUUUAAAGAAGUGCACAACACCAGAAAGCCAGAAGGUCAUAUUACAAAAGCUGGACAAGAGGCUUUCAAGGAUCUUCUCUUGUAGCCCUGCAAGAUCUUUGAUAACCUUUAUUUUUACAGGUUCUUCUAUGGAUAGGCCACUAAAUGAGCGUGCAAAUGGCAUGCUGAUGUGCUGUAUUAAAAAGUAAGGUUGAAUGUUUAAAAAAAUAUUUUCCUUUUCUGUCUGUUUUUAUGAAUAUAGUGACUUUUAUACACUAGAUUGGUGUACCUACAGAUAAAAUGACCAGCUGAUAACCAGAAGAGAUUCUUAGAUCUUGAAUAAUUAUUUUGUUUCAAGUUACUACUGUGUAUGAGACUACUGGCACACUUAAUGAGAUGUAUUUUGUAUUAUUCUGCUACAAAAAUUAUUGUGUUGGUAAAGGAAUAAUAAAGAGUAAAGUGUA